AUGUCAUGUCAUCCUGAGUUAAACCAGUACAUUCAAGACACACUGCAUUGUGUCAAGCCACUGAUAGAGAAGAAUGAGGCUGAGAAGGUUGUAGUGGUGAUCAUGGAUAAAGAGCACCAUCCAGUGGAGAGAUUUGUGUUUGAGAUCUCACCGCCUCCACUGCUAUCCAUCAGCUCAGAGACUCUGCUGUCUCAUGUGGAGCAGCUGCUGAGAGCGAUGAUCUUAAAAAUCAGCGUAUGUGAUGCUGUUCUAGACAAUAAUCCUCCAGGAUGCACAUUCACAGUGUUGGUACACACCAGGGAAGCUGCCACAAGAAACAUGGAGAAAGUUCAGGUCAUCAAG